AUGGAUCAUAUCCUCCCAUACUUUGCCGGUCUCGAUUCUGUGGAGGAGGAGAAUAGGAGAGCGCUGAUGCCCUAUCUAGCUUUGCUGGCCUCCCUAAAGGCCUUCCACUCUGCCCCUGUCAUGGGCAGGUCUGAGGUAAAGCAAAAGCACCUGAGGAAUUCCCUCCAAAACAAUGGAAUGAAGGUGGCAGCAGGGAUAGCGCAAGGUGUGAUGAAGCUGGACAAGACGGUGCAGCAGUGAAAGGAGACACUGAAGUUCUAGUGGAAAGAGUGCUGGCACUGCCUGGAAGUCACCUGCAAGAUGACCAAGGCCUGCAAGGUACUCUGUUGGAGCCUGCCCCAAACCAGAACACCAAGUUCUCACCCAGAGGUAGUGAGGAUUAAGACCUCCUUCAGUAAACUACUCCUCAAGGCAGGUGACUCGAUCAACUGCAAUGUGUUGCUGGUGUCCUGCUCCAGCCAGCUGGACUAGGCUCUCCAUGAGGCCUUAGCACCAGAGCUCCAGGAGGAAGAGGAAGGCAAGGUGGCAAUCUACCCCACAGGCAAGGCCCUAGUGGAGGCCUCAGGCACAGGGCUACAGGAUGUGCUGGAAUUGUUUUUUGCCUUUAGCAGGAAUGCGGCAGAGGCGUUGAAUGCUGUGAUGACCCAGGCUUUCAACAACCUGCAUGUCUCCAUGCAGGAGGCAGAGACAGAAAAAGAUAAAGAAGCGCACACAAAUCUGUUUAAAUAUCUUUCCAUGCCCAAAAGGAAGCUGGGCAGAGAUCUCUGCAGACAGUCAGCAGCAUGCAGACAGCUGCAGAGCAAGUGUCAACUCUGUGGUUACGUGUUACACUUCGAUCUUAACCGAUCAAUCUGUGUGCGUCAUGUGUGUCUGACUGUAAGGGAGAUGUAAGUCGAACUGGAUAAGGCAUCUGAGCUGCUGCAGUUCUCCAAGCAGCAGUGUGAGGAGGUGAUGGCUAUUGGUGAUGGCACUAGCUGGCUCAACACCAUGGUCUCCGAGUUUGGCAGGGUUGCAGGGCUUGCCAAAGGCAACACCACAGCCAAGAGUGUCUUAGUGUUGGCACAGUGGGCGGAUGAGAUGGCAACAAAGGAAGGAGCUGAUAGCCCAGCAAUUAACCAUAAAUUGAAGGUUCUCAUGCUCACUGUGCCAAGCAGCCUGGCCAAAAUUCCUGCUUUUAUCCACUAUGUAGCCCAUGAGGCACUGGGCCUAUAUAAGCGCAGGUCAAGGUAA